AUGGGAAGAGAGAAUUCUACUUCCGGAGGAGACUUCAUCUUGGUAGGCUUUUCGGAGCAGCCAUGGCUAGAAAAGAUCCUGUUUGUGUUCAUCUUGAUAUUUUACCUUCUUACAGUCAUGGGUAAUGGCACCAUUAUCCUGGUAUCCCACCUGGACUCCCAGCUCCACACACCUAUGUAUUUUUUCCUCGCUCACCUGUCCUUUAUUGACCUCACACAUGUGACCUGCAUCAGUCCUCAGAUGCUGUUCAACCUUGCGGGGUCAGACAAGUCCAUAAGUUUUGUUGGCUGUGUGGUCCAGCUUCUCAUCACCCUGGGUCUGGGGGGCACGGAGUGCAUCCUUCUGGCCAUGAUGGCAUAUGAUCGCUAUGUUGCUGUCUGUCAGCCCUUGCAUUAUUUCACCCUCAUGCCACCGCAGCUGUGCUGGACAUUGGCCAGCAUAUCAUGGGUUGUUGGUUUCAGUAACUCAUUGAUACACACCCCUAUCACAAUGACCUUUCCCCGAUGUGGCCACCGACGGAUAAACCAUUUUUACUGUGAGACGCCCCCAGUGCUGCAGCUGGCCUGUGUGGACACCACAAGUUACAAGAAGGAGAUUACAGUGCUAAGUAGUGUCUUCCUUGUAUUUCCACUCUCACUAAUCUUAGUUUCUUAUGGUCGAAUUGCCCAUAGUGUGUUGAGGAUGAAGACACCCGGGGGGCGACAGAAGGCCUUUGGGACCUGUGGCUCCCAUCUUACAGUGGUGUCCAUCUUCUACAGUACUGUCAUCUACAUGUACAUAGCCCCAAAGCCAAAGCUUUCUCAGGAUGUGACCAAGUUUGUGGCACUCCUAUACAACUUGAUUCCAUCUGUAAUCAAUCCAAUAAUUUAUACCUUGAGAAACAGAGAUGUCAAGGAAGCAAUAAGGAAGCUGGUGAUGGGGAAAGAAAAAAAGGAGGAUGCAGACUUUUCAUAG